AUGCGGACGUCGAGGGUCUCGCGGGAGGCAGCAAAGGUGGCAGAGAGCUUGACCUCACGCAGACGGGCCGCCGUCAAGAGGGGAGAAGAACCGGUCAAGGAGGAGGACGCGAGUUCAGGCCUCUCGUCGCCCCCUACAACAGACAUCGAAGACCUGCUGACGGCGACGAGGAAGCGGAAGAGAGCAUCUACAAGGGCGGGCAGGGCUGUCAAGGCCGAAGAUAACGAUGUCAAGGCCGUGAAGGGCGUCAAGGAGGAGCUGGGAGUCGAUAUAAAGGGCCCUCCGAACUGGCAGGCCAUGUACGAGACCGUCAAGCGCAUGCGAGAACGCAAUCCCACGGCCCCCGUCGACACGAUGGGAUGCUCAGAGCUGUACUGGCGGUCGUCCUCGCCCCGGGACAGGCGGUUCCACACGCUGAUCGCGCUUAUGCUCUCCUCCCAGACCAAGGACACCGUCACGGCGGCCACAAUGCUAAGACUGCACACCCAGCUCACGGACGAGACGAGCAACAAUGCGGUGGCAGAGGUCUGGGACCGCGAUCACCAGAAGACUGCCAGCACGCUGACUCUCGAGAACAUGCUGGCCGUGUCUCCCGAGCGGCUGAACGAGCUCAUCAGGGCCGUUGGGUUCCAUAACAACAAGACACGGUACAUCAAGGCCACCGCUGAGAUCCUGCGAGACCAGUUCGACUCAGACAUACCGUCGACCGUAGAGGGGCUGAUAAGUCUGCCUGGUGUGGGACCCAAGAUGGCGUAUCUCUGCAUGAGCUCCGCGUGGAGCAAGCAUGAAGGCAUCGGCGUGGACGUGCAUGUCCACCGCAUCACCAAUCUAUGGGGAUGGAACAAGACCAAGACCCCAGAGGCUACACGGGCGGCUCUCGAGAGCUGGCUGCCCAGGGACAAGUGGCAUGAGAUCAACAAGCUGCUCGUUGGCCUGGGACAGACGGUCUGCCUGCCGGUUGGCAGACGGUGUGCCGAGUGCGACCUCUCCGGGACGGGACUGUGUAUAGCAGAGAUCAAGAGCAAGUCAAGGGCCGCAAAAAAGAGAAUAAGCCCGGUCAAGGCAGACAAGGAGGAAGACGUUGAUUUUCCUGAAGUCAGGGAGAGCAAGAUUGAUGUCAGGGUGGACAAGGAGGAGGAUAUUGAUCUACCGGACGUCAAGAAGGACGCUGAUCUUCCCGAAGCCGAAGAUACCAAGAGUAAUAUCAAGCUUAGUAUCCAGGAAGAUGUCGAGGAUAUGUCUAAAUUUGCACAAAUACAGCAGCGUCUUCUCCUGGCCGAGCAUGAAGACGAGAUAGCUUCCUCUCCUCUGUCCUCCAGCUCUGCAGCUGCAUCGGCCUCAACCCGACGGGCUCUGCAGAAUGCCGGCCAUGCGCUCACUGGCAUGGUACUCACCAACUGCCGGACAGGCAUGGGAGGCCGAGAAGUAGGAGAAUUCGGCCUCGAUACUGCUCUCUCUGGCUCUGGGCGUGCAAAGGGCGCCAGCAAGGACGAGGAUAAUACCCGGUUAGGUGUCCAUGGCAUCACGGUGGGGGAUAUCGUCCGCGUCGAGGAGAUUGCUUCUGGCAAAACAACGGCCAAAUCCAAGGCCGGGCAAGACGACGAGAAGGGUCAGAGAGGCCUUGAAGGUGUCGUCACUCGUGUUGGUGAGAGAUCCAUCUGGGCCGCCUUUGGGGAUCGAGGCAAAGGCAAGCAAGAUGAAGACGGCGUCGACGAGCUCUGGGGACGCAAGCUCUGGCUGUACGUCUUUGGUAAAUCUACCUAUAUAUCGAUCACAAUUAUACUGACUGAAUAUAGGGUCAAGCUGGCGAACGAUGUUACCUAUAGACGCAUGAACCAAACGAUGGCCAAGCUGGAGAAGAUGCAGGAAUCAGAGCAUUCCCAGCUGAUCCGAGUGCUAUUCGGGCAUACCACGCCCUCACCUUUGGAUUUUGAAUCCGUUGGUACCCUGGAGUUCAUGGAUCCGUCACUCAACGACUCCCAGAAAGAAGCAAUUCGCUUUGCACUGGCAUCAAGAGAGAUAGCGCUCAUCCAUGGACCGCCGGGCACAGGAAAGACUCACACGCUCAUUGAACUCAUUCGCCAGCUAGUUCAACGUAAAAAGCGAGUUUUAGUCUGUGGCCCGUCAAAUAUCUCAGUUGACAAUAUAGUCGAGCGUCUUGCCUUACACAAGGUACCGUUGGUUCGCAUAGGGCAUCCAGCACGUCUACUAUCUUCUGUCCUGGAUCAUUCACUAGAGGUGCUCUCUCAAACUUCCGAAGCUGCUGCUAUAGUGAAGGAUGUCCGCAAGGAAAUCGAUUCAAAGCAAGCGAGUAUUCGCAAGACUAGGAACGGGAGAGAACGUCGAGCUAUCUACGGUGAUCUCAAAGAACUUCGCAAAGAAUUCAGAGAACGUGAAUCGAAAUGCGUUGACAAUAUCGUCUCCGGUAGCCAGGUGGUACUCGGAACACUACAUGGAGCUGGAGGACAUCAACUCAAGAACCAGAAAUUCGACAUCGUGCUUAUCGAUGAAGCGAGCCAGGCACGAGAAGCUCAAUGUUGGAUUCCGUUGCUCCCUGCUUCUAGAGUUGUAUUGGCAGGAGAUCAUCUCCAACUGCCUCCAACAAUAAAGUCAAAGUCCUCAAGCAAUUCAGAUCGGACCGGCUCUGCAUUAUGGGACAAGGAAGACCUCCAUUUUAACGAGCUCUCCAAUACGUUUGAUCUGCGGAACUUGGAAAUAACACUGUUUGAUAGGCUACUCUCUCUCCAUGGCACAGGGAUAAAAAGGAUGCUCACCACGCAAUACCGCAUGCAUCAGAAGAUAAUGGACUUUCCUUCCGACGAACUAUAUGAGUCUAAACUCAUUGCUGCCGAUGCAGUCAGGGAAAGGCUUCUCAAAGACCUCCCCUAUGAGGUCGAGGACACAGAUGACACCAGAGAACCUUUGGUGUUCUACGACACGCAGGGUGGAGACUUUCCCGAGAAAUCCCCAGAUUCAAAUGGUAUAUCCGCCAAGUCUCUUCUUGUUGAGAGCAAAUGUAACGACAUGGAGGCGGCGGUUGUCGCGAGACAUGUUGAGAAUUUGGCUUCGGCUGGUGUCAGACCAGAGGACAUUGCUGUCAUUACGCCUUAUAAUGCACAAGUUGCUUUGUUGUCUCAACUUCUGAAAGAGAAGUUUCCUACCCUUGAACUUGGUAGCGUGGAUGGUUUCCAGGGCCGUGAGAAGGAAGCAGUUGUGGUAAGUCUGGUCAGGAGUAAUCCAGACCAUGAAGUAGGAUUCUUGGGAGAGAAAAGGAGGUUGAAUGCGGUUAUGUGCUUAUAUCUGUGCAGUGGGUCACCAUUCCUCAAGAGAUGGAUGGCCUUUUUAGAAGAGAAUGCCGACCUGAGAUACCCCGAUAUCAGCGAAUUUACAAGCUAA